AUGUCUCUCAAGCCAUUCUCCUUUGAUCCUCCGACAUCCCUCGCCCUCGAGGGAGAUAUUUCGUGGAAAUUAAAAGAGCCAGUGUUGGUCAUAUGGCGGGAUUCAGAUCAGACCCUCUCCCUCGGGCAGCCAUGUUCUUUCAAUAGUAAUACCCCUACUUUGGUGACCAUGUGGGUAGGUGAAACGCCGGACAAGAAGCUGGCAGUAGUAUUACUGCAAAUGACCAUCUCUUUCAAAGUCUCAUCUCGCAAGAAGAGCUUUGAUUUGUUCUUAAUUCUCCCAUCUGAUAAACUUUGCGUAAUGGAUAAUACAAUCUCAAUAAAUGAGGUUCCACCCGAUGUUUACCAACGUCUAGAACAAGCCCGCUCAGAGUCAUCAGAGAGAAGGAGAUUAUCGCACCUCAAAUUCCAGCUCGACUGCCCAAGUCAAGUACUCAUGAAUGUUCAACCGACUAGUGCCAAGCCUAUUUCUGGCACAGCUUUACACAUCAUGCUUCUCCUUAAAUCAUUAUCGCAAGUGCUGUCGUUCGACGCAUACAUCGGCUAUAGCACAUACGCAAUACAGGCCUUAAGAACUCUCAAGACUGGACUCGAUAGUGGUGCCAGGACACCCGAAGUCGAUUUGAAAAAUGCGUACGCCGGUGCUGGAGGCAGUCUAGACAACUGGGAACAAUACAACACGGAACAUUUUGCUCGCAGCGCCAAUGAUAUUGCACCGAGCAGGAAAAGGCCAAGGAGGGGCUCUUCUUCAAGCACACCACCGAGACAAAAGGAUUUCUCCAGUCAGUACAUCCAAGAACUUGAACCAAGUAAUCCACCGCCCUAUGUACAACUCGAAGAAGCACCUCCCACGAAUCCUAAAAAUUCUCACUCGGAGGUCCUCGUUGCGCGAACGGACAGUGAUUAUGCUCCGUCUCCAGUUCUUGCUUUAUCCGACGACGGGGACUACAUCCCCGAGACCCCUCCAAAACCAAUCGUGGGCGUUCAAGAUAUUACCAACGACCCUUCCAUCGCAACAACCAAUCCAAUCGUCGAACCAAAUGAUACUACGCUUCGAACAUCGAUGACUUCUUGGAUUCUGGCCAUGAAGAGAGUCGACGGCGACUUUUACAAAGCCCACCGACUCCACCCGGUGCUUCUAUCCCUCGCGAGUGCUGCAUUAAGACAAGACACGGAUCAGUUCAUCAAAGCUAAAGCCCGAGGCACCACGAUUGUCUUGGCAAAAGAUGCUGCCGCGACCAUCAUGGGCCAGCGGAUUCACACCACCCACCAGGAAACACCAAAGCUGCUGCAUGAACAGGAAAUGUUGACUUCGUGGAUGUACGGAUUUGAUCUCAACACGGAUGUGGUCAUGCUUCCUGUUCUGCGCGUCAUGGCUCUCUGGGCCGUUGCGCACAAAACGCAUACCAAUGCCAAGAGUCGUAUGGUAGACCAGAUUGGUGAUGAUGCUAAAACUGCGGAACUAGAAAAAAGCUUCAGACGAUGCGAGGCUGAGUGUAUUGCGGAAUUUUAUACCCACCUUGUGUCAAGGAAGGAAGCUCAAAGCAUAGUAUAA